AUGGGACCUGAGUUUCAUGAAUACUUUGCCAACCACUUGAGCGUCUUGAAACAUCAAAUGCUUGGUGACGAAAGCCAUGAAAUCACGAAGGAGGUGUCUGCCCUGACCUUGGAUCCGAAAUGGAGCUAUUGUAUGCGCAUCCCAAGCCGGUCGUUGUUGACUGGCCGAUCGAGGUGGUCGUGGUGUGGACCUUCCGAAGGGACAUGUUUGGAUGGACUCGUGGCAUGGUUGCGGACGUUCUGCUUCACGCAGCGGCCUGACUCCGAAGAGGAGCGAGUUUAUUUCGAGAAGACCGUGGCUUUUCUCAGGUCUGUGCCCCUUUUCAAGCGGCAGUUGCCUAGCUGCGAGCUUCCGAAGCUCGCAAGAGACCUGAAGCGCAAAAUGUGGAGGCCAGGUGAGAAGAUCGUGAACCAGGGCGAGGUCGGAAGGGCCUUCUACCUCAUCGAGUCGGGAGUCGCCAGUGUGAUUGUGGCAGACUGCGACGGCCAGGAGAAGGUGAGGGCAACGCUGAUUGCGGGUGAUUACUUCGGAGGCCACACUCUUGUAGCCGAGAGAUCAAACGUCGGUACUGUGGUUGCUCAAGGUCCGGAGCAGCUGGUGACACUCUCCAUGUCCCGCCGGGUUUUCGAAGAGUCUGGCUUGAAGGACAAGCUGUGCUUUCCGAAGAGACCAGCUCUCUACUUCGACCGUCCGGGACGGGGCCGGGACCCUUCCAUCCCUUCCUUUGACCUGGCAAACUGUGUUGUGGAGCCACAUGAGCAGGCCUUUGUGCUGGAAGCCUUGAAGCAGAACGUCAAUUUGCGGGCCUUGCACAAUGUUGAUAACGAGGUCAUGCAAAGCAUUGCUCGCGGCGCCGUGCGCCGAUUCGUUCCCAAGGGCACAGUUGUGGCUCAAAGUGGCGCUCUCGGAAAGGAGUUCUUCAUCAUCAAGACAGGCAGGUUCCAUGCCGUGGCAGAAACAGACGCCUAUGACGGCCAGAAGUCAGCAGAGGCCACCGUAGCCCAGCUGACGAUGUCGGAGCGUCUGAAGCGAAAGCAGACCUUUCUCAAGAGCUUGUGCCGGCACAAAGGCUCCAACACGUUUAGCCACUCGCAAUCUGUGCGGUUGCCUGCUCCAAAGGGGCCAAAGGCUAUGGCUGACUGGGCUGAUGACCUGAGCAUGGCCUGUAACUCGACACCCGUCCACCUGCGCGGCUGCCCCUCUGCUGCUUCCACGAUGACAUUGCCGUCACCUUGCAGUGACGCCGGCAGGACACCUAUGAGUACAGUGGCGUCACAGCGGGAUUUUGGUGUCCAGAGCUUCCAGGUUGGCGACAAGGUGACCAUGUCUGAUCGGGAUGAGGGCAGCUGUGGCCAAGUGGGCACAGUCUCGGAAUGUGGCCGCGAUGGAGUCGGACGACCAUGGGUCAAGGUUACCUUCCAAGGGGCACUUGGCGAGUGGCUGGUCGUGGCAGCUCUAGCUGCCUUUGUCUCAGCCAUGGCCUUUGUGGCGCCCCAGGCCCCACCAGCCCGCGGGACCCUGUCAGCCGUGCAGAUGCAGGCUGGAGGCGAGUACACCGGCUUCGUGCCA